GGUUCUUUCCAGUUCUUUACACAGUUCCUGUCUCUCCGUCGAUCUACCUGUUUGAACUUGUCGCGCGGUCUCUUUGGGCUACCUCGUUUCCAUCCUCACUCAUUUUGAUUCCACCGACCCUAGCUCAGAGCUGACUCAGUCCCACAGCAUGGCUCUCAACGGACGCCCAACCUCCCCCACCACUCUGAACGGUUCCAUCUCCCAUCCGUCCCAAGGCGAAGCUCGCACGGAUGUCUUAUCCUGGGACUCCUAUUUCAUGGCCACGGCGUUCUUGAGCGCCAUGCGUUCCAAAGACCCCGUCACCCAAGUGGGUGCCGUCAUUGUCAACCGCCAGAAACGCAUCGUGGGCAUUGGAUACAACGGCAUGCCCAGGGGCUGUCCCGACGAUCAGAUGCCUUGGGGCAAAGGCCACGAAGACCCUUGUGAGAAUAAGUUCAUGUACGUGUGUCAUGCCGAGAUGAAUGCCAUCUUGAGCAAGAACGCGGCAGAUGUGGAGAACUGCACCAUUUACGUGGCCCUGUUUCCAUGCAACGAGUGCGCUAAGAUCAUCAUUCAGGCCGGAGUGCGGGAGGUGGUGUAUUACUCGGACAAACGGAAUGAUGACCCCGCCACCCGUGGCUCCAAACGCAUGUUGAGCCAAGCCGGGGUCCAAUUCCGACAAUUUAUUCCGCCUGAAUCACAAAUUGUGAUUGAUUUCCACGUGAUUGAUCAUGACUCACGGUCUCUGACUCCAGCCCAGUGAAGUGGAUUGAACAAAAGAUCUGAUUGUUAUUCAUGUUUAUUAAGUGUGUGCUCAAUUAAAAACAAAAACAAAGAAAAACUCGACCAUGAAAAGAAAUGUCCCAAUCUUGGCAAAAGUACGGCCCUGACUAUUUCCUUUUACUUUUUUUCAUUUGCGGACUCCCUUACCACUCCUGAGAAUGGAAUUCCCAGCACUUCAACACGAAAACCUUCAUCUUAUUCAAUUUAUAUUCUAAUUGACUCUAACGGACUUUCGGAGUCCGAUUUGGGUACUUUAGCUGCGUGAUUAUCAAUUUGCAGUAUUUCUUUGAACCGAAACCUUGAUCAGUUUAUUUAUUAACCCCGUUCGUUAAUUACGUCCUCUUAUGGACAUGUUUAAAUACAUAAACAUUGAUUGAGUC